AUGUCAAACGGCUCAGCCUUCUUCCUCCCACCUGAAAGAGCCCAAGGCCUCGCCAACUACCCUCAUGCACGCAUUCUCCCCACCAACCCCGCUUCUCGCACCAUCCAUGUCUCUGGCACAUCAUCACGCCGUGGCGAUGGGACCUGGGACGGUGUAACCGAACAUGCGGAUGGAACAUGGACGCUGGAUAUUCGUGAACAGACCGCGGCAGUUCUCCGCAAUAUUGACACGGUUAUUCGUGGCGCAACAGACGGCAAAGGGAGCAUUAAGAAUGUGGUCGAUGCAACGGUGUUCUUGACUGAUCUGGCCGGUUCCUAUCAAGGUAUGAAUGAAGAGUGGAAUAAAGUGUGGCCUAAUCGCGAGGAUGCGCCAGCGAGGACCACAAUUGGUGUUAAGGAAUUACCAAAUCCGCGGUUGGUGGUGGAGAUCAAGUGUACAGCAGUCUGUGAAUGGUGA